UUCAUAGUUGUUAGUUUUCUAACUGAGGAGCAUGAGGGUGGUUUUGUAUGUGUUUGUGAUCUUCGCCUACUAUGUUGGUCGUAUGGACAGUUAUAUUGUUGGCGCUGGCUUAAACGUUCGCUUCGCGCAAAUGCUGUACACCGACACGAAAUAUCAAGUCCUCCGUGAAGAAAUGAUCAAAGCCAACACAAAAAACCUUGUGUACCACUGUCGAGCUGAUAAAAGUGACUGUGACGUAGCUCUCGCCAAAAUGAGAUAUAAAGCCAGCAAGCACUUUUACGCUUUGUCCAAGGCCAUUGUGGACUACGUGAAAAAUAAACGUCAGGCACGACCUACAGGUUAUGUUGGAACAGCCACCUUCUGCCAGGAUAACAUCUGCGUUCCAGACACAGACCCCCCUAUAGUGUACGGUGGAUGCUUCACACUCAUCUCAUGCGGAGGCAAUCAGACUUGGCAUCUUGACCCUGUUAUCUAUAAGAAGAAAAAGUCGAGAUUCUUCUAGAGUUUAAUAAUACUUUAAAAUAUUAAAUAUAUUAAUUAUUAAUUUAAUUACUUAACAAUUUCGACUUCAUUAGAUGUACUAUUUGUUAUAUAAAAUAUUAAAUUAAUACCAAUACAAAAGACAUCUCCGUAAUCUUACCUACUUUUUAAAGACAAUAAUUUGUAUCUGUUACAAACUCCAUUGUAAUUUGUAUUUCCAAUAUUGUAUUCUUUUAAUUAUUCAUUUUUUU